AUGGCCGAGCAUGAAGGCGAGCGUGAGCGCGAAUCACCGAUUGAAUCAAUGGUGGAUAAGAUAACAGAGAAGAUCCACGAUAAUGAUUCAUCUUCGUCAUCUGAUUCUGAUGAUGACAAGUUUGAUGCUGUCAAAUCGAAAAUCUUUCGGCUUUUUGGUAGAGAGAAACCCGUCCACAAAGUCUUUGGUGGUGGAAAACUUGCUGAUGUUUUCCUAUGGAGGAACAAGAAAAUCUCUGGUGGUGUGCUUGUUGGUGCAACUGCAGUCUGGGUUCUUUUGGAAUUGCUUGGAUAUCACUUAAUAACUCUAGUUUGCCAUUUAUCAAUAUUUUCACUGGCUGUUCUUUUUCUGUGGUCCAAUGCAUCCAACUUCUUAAACAAAUCCCCGCCUAAAAUCCCUGAAGUCGUACUUCCUGAAAAAUGUGUUCGUGAAGUUGCCUCUGAGCUGAGAAUUGAAAUCAACCGAGGAUUAGUUGUCCUGCGUGCAAUUGCAACUGGGAGAGAUCUGAAGCAGUUUCUUGCUGUAAUUGCUAUCUUAUGGGUUCUGUCCCUUGUUGGAAGUUGCUGUAACUUCCUGACCUUGCUCUACAUAUCCCUUGUUUUGCUACUCACCAUACCAGUGUUGUAUGAGAAGUACGAGGACAAGGUUGAUGCAUGCUCCGAAAAAGCUUGGAUUAAGAUCAAGAAGCAGUAUGCGGUGUUGGACGAAAAGUUUUUAAGCAAAAUUCCUAAAGGACCAUUGAAGAAGGAUUAG